AUGCAUACAAAUUUCUUGAUUAUUGCGUUCGAUGGCAAAUGGACAGCAGAUUACAAGUACUUGAAUCAUAAAACGAAGCUCCUCCUGAUAAAUGAUGGGACUUCAUUUGAAGAAUUCCUUAGAAAAAUUUUUGAUGUUAUAGAGCUUGACAACAAAAAGUUUCAAGCAAAUGUAUGGCUUAAUAUCAACCUAGGUACUUCUAAGGGAAUAGAAGCGACAAAAGAUGAAGAUCUUAUUAUGUGUAUGAUUCUUUUAAAAAAUGAUCCGUACUAUAAAGAUUCGAAAUUUGUUGUUGAAAUAUCAGAAAAACCAGAUCAACAACUAGAAGGUAAUGCAAUAAUGGAAAUUGAUAAUCAACAGUUAUUGCACAGUAACACAUAUGGUCCGGAAGAGCAAGUGUUGCUGAUAUCUCAAGUUGAAGAAGAGCAGGAGAAUCCAAUUUAUGAUAUUACAAUGGAAAAAGAAAUUGUAAUUCCUGUGGAAGAUCAGCACAUUGAAUCACUACAAAAUAAAAAUGUCAUGAUUAGAUGUUUUUGCUUAGCAGCUAUAAAGGAGCAUUUUGAGUUCUAUGUUAACAGGUCAAGUAACACGAGAUACUCUUUGGUAUGUACUGAUGAAAAGUGUACUUGGACUGUUCGAGGUUCAAGAAUUAAGGAAUCAACACUUUUUAAAAUAGUUAAAUUUCAGAGAACACAUGAGUGCUCAGUUGAUAUUCGAAAAUCAGAUCAAAGGCAAGCAACUUCAAAUGUGAUUAGAGAUUACGUGAUUGACAACUUAAGAGACAUAGCUGCUGAGGUAAAACCUAAGUUUGUCAUUUCAGAGAUGAAAAGAGCACAUGGAAUUGAUGUUGGUUAUGGAAAAGCAUGGCAUGCUAUUCAAAAGGGGUUAUCUUUGUUAAGAGGAACAACUGAACAGAAUUAUGAGCAGCUGCCAUCAUAUUUGUAUAUGAUGGAACAAAAAAAUCCAGGAUCAUAUACAAAUAUUGUGAGAGAUGAAGAAAACAGGUUUGUUUACAUGUUUUUUAUGUAUGGGGCAUCAAUUUCUGGGUGGAAGUAUUGUAGACCACUGAUUGCUGUUGAUGGAACAUUUCUAAAAAAUAAAUAUAGAGGUGUUCUAUUAGUGGCUGUUACCAAAGAUGCAAAUAACCAGAUUUUUCCUAUAGCUUUUGGAGUAGUGGAUAAAGAGAAUAAUGAAUCAUAUGAAUGGUAUUUCAGGGAAUUAAGAAAAGCAAUUGGGAUUCGUAAUGAUUUAAUGUUCUUGUCAGAUCGACACAAGGCUAUUGCUAAUGGAAUUGCAAAGGUUUUCCAUGAGUGCUACCAUGGAAUUUGCAUCUAUCAUUUAGAAAAGAAUCUGAAGCAAAGAAGAGUGAGAAACACUGUGAUAAAUCUCUUUCAAAGUGCUGCAAGAGUAUACCUUCAAUCAGAAUUUGAUGACUUCAUGUCCCAAAUAGCUGCUGUUGAUAAGAAAACUGUAUUUCUGCAUCUGCGGAAAGGAGACCGCAGAUGCGGUUGCACGGAAGCGGAGAAAGCAUCGCAGGUGCAGAAUAGGAUGAGGUUGAGCAGUUCCGCAGAAGCGGAAGUAUUUUCGCCUAAGCGAGUACGCAGGAGCGGACAAGAAGUCGCAGAAGCGGUUUGGGCUUGGAG